UGAACUCAGUCGAUAUGGUAGGACAAACUCCUUCGAUACAAUCAUUCUUCCCUCUUCGCACCUCUCCACUCAAAGGGUUGCCCCAAAAUCCUUCACCACCGCCGGGUGAUGGACUUACCUCAGAAGAGCUUGACACCACAAUGAUUCAAGCACCUCAGGAUCAUUGGAUUCCACCCGCAGACUACGACGAGUAUGAGAUCGAUUCGCUUGUACCAGGACCAAAUCGAGUCAAGGUUGUUGGCCGGAUUGUCAACCUGUUCGAAAGCUCGCCCAAAGCAAAGCUGCCAAAUGCAGCUAAAGGAGCCGUCCAACUUGUGAUCAAGGACACCACAGGUGCUGUCACUAUCAGAUUUUCUUACACUCACAUACCGUACGGACUACAGAUUGGUCAACUUGUCGGCGUCUGGGCCACCUAUGUCACGAACGGGGAUCGAGGCAUCUUCCCCUGCGCAGUCGCACCCAUGUACAUCAGAAUCUUUCCAGAGAAGGACAAGAACUGCCAUAUUCGUCUACUGGAUGGUCCAGAAUUCACCCAAGUUUGCAGGGAGCCACUGAACUACGAAUCAACUCUCAUGUCCCUGAAGGACUUCAUCCAGGGCGGAUUCGAGGUGACGGAUGCUAAAAUUCUUGUCAUUGUGAAGAGCGUUGGUACCCGCAAAAGAGNNAUCACAGUCGCCAAGAAGGAUGGAACCACAGCCGACCUCGUGAAAGUUGGCGUGAUGGACGACACAAGCGAGGCAGUACUGUCAUUAUGGGGUGUCACUUCAACAAGUCCGAUGGAUUGGCAGCCAUCACAGACCGCGCUGUUGAUCUCGGGUCCAGGCCUGAACGUCUCACAUCAAACUUGGUUAGCCUUGACGUCCAACACCUUCAUCGAUGUGGACCCCAAUAUACUGGAGGCAGAAAGACUUCGGGCCUUCGCCGAAAACAUGAUCAAAAGACAGCACAUCAAUCCAGCUUUUCCUGAUGAAGGUAUAUACUUCUCCAUGAUUUCGUCCGAUUCUGUCUCACUAUGGUUUANNGAGUACAACUUGUGGAGUAUGAACAAGCCAGAUGGACAUGUUCUGUAUUCGCUUGCGGAUGUGGACAACCAGUACGCUUGCGAUCAACUAUCUCAAUCCAAUGCUGACUUGACUUUCAAAGCGNCUCGCGAAGCACCCGAGGACGAGUUUGAUGGCUAUCUGAGUAUGAUCAUCAUGGAUCUCAACAUGUCCACUCUGCGACAACAGAACAUGCUCAUGUGCAAUGAAUGUUGUGGCAUUCCACUGUAUGCAAAUGCGACGGUGGCCAAAUGCAAGCAUUGUGAUGAGCAAGUGGCAUUGAGAGUCAAUCCAAAACUGGUUGGCAAGCUGAUCGACGAGAGUGGGUGCAUAUUGAGUGGCAAGCUUGUGCUGUCAGAUCACGCAUGGACACGACUCUUGGGAAGAAGUGCCGAGGAGAUGGUCCAAAGCAGUGCAAGCACGCUGAAGAGCGUAGAGCAGCGAAUGCUUUACGUACGUAUCACGUUGAAAUUCUGGUGGAGUGCCCGUGUUGGUAAACUCGUCAUCUCGGACAUACUCGAG